AUGAAUGCAUACGUUGUUGUCGUCUUAUACUUCCUCGUUACCGUUGCAGUCGUAAUUUCCAUUUACGCGGCCCUAACCCUAGAGGUCAACCUCCACCAAGGCCCGCGCUUCUACAUCAAAGAAUUUUACGUUCCCGCCCUCGAUCUCAUCUCCCAAUCACCCAUAACUACUUCAAACAAUAAUAAUAAUAAUACCUUACCUAUUAACCCAUGUCUAUUCUUUGAUUUCGCAUUUGUAAACAUCGAAAACGAGCACAUCGUACGCUACGGAGAUGCAAAUCUUACAUUCUCGUACGGCCGAAACAACGCCGUUGCGAAUUACGUAGUUCGGAGCUUUGACCAGGGGUCGUGGGAGGUGGACUACCGGCGGGAAGUGGUGGAGAGCCGAGGAGUGCCGUGGGAGGAUGCUGUGAAGGCGGUUUCAAAUGGGUCAACGGUGGUUUUUAGGGUUGACUUGGCGGUGCCGCCGAAGUUUUGGGAAGGGAUGUGGUAUUCGAAGAAGAAGGGUGUGAGGAUUGGUGCUGACGUGGAGGUUGAUGGAACGGGUCUCAAGGUGAAGAGAAAUGAUAUUAGGCUCAACUCGGCUGCUUCUCAUCGUAGGGUUGGGAUUCAUGUAUUGUUUCUGAGCCUUUUAGUUGCGUGGAAAUGUUUGUGCUUUUGA